UCAAUAUUUUCUUCGACUAGAAGCAAAUAGAAAAGGCUCAAAAAUUUCAAAAAUAGAGUGAAACCUAAAAACUGUCAAAGUUUUAUUUAUAGAAAAAUACUGAAAUGAAUUAUGGCCCAAUUUAGACCAGCUGGAUUUUCUGAUGAGGAUACGGACAGUGAUGAUUAUGGGUUCUAUGAAAAGCCGGUUAGAACCUAUAUUCCUGUUCAAAAUGAAAAGAAGAAAAUGGAAAACAGGUUACAAGAUGCCAUUUUGAAUGGAAAUCUAAAUGAAGUAGAAGAUAUAAUUACAUAUGAUUUACAUAAUGGUGUGAAUGUGAAAUUGGACAGUGGUUGGACGCCCUUGAUGCAUGCUUGCUUUCACGCACAAGAAGAUAUUGUCAAAAUGUUACUGGAAAAAGGCGCCGAUCCUAACUUACAUGCGGAUUCAAUGACAUCAGCGAUGGCUGCGUGUUCAAAUAGUGGUGCGAAUGAUAGCACUAUUUACAAUAUCAUAUCGCUUCUUAUUGAAAAAGGUUGCCUUCUAAACAUCGGAGAUAAAUUCGGCCAGACGCCGCUUAUGCGAGCUAUCAGUAACGGACGCACUGCGGUUGUACAGCUAUUGUUGGACAAGAAUGUUAAUGUGGAAAUGAGAGAUCAACAAGGAUGGACGGCAAUGUUCUGGGCGGUACAUCACAAUCAGCCGAACAUAGUGGAAAUCCUAAUCCAGCGUGGAGCUAGAUUGAAAGAAGUAGAUAGAUCUGGCCGCACCCCACUAGAAAUAGCCAAUCUACACGACUACCAAGAUAUUCUCAAUAUUGUUAAUAAGCAUCUCAAUAAAAAUGUUGAUUUAGACAACAACCAAAAGAAAUAUAUUUUCAAUCAAGUGGCAUCGUGGCAUGAUUUUUAUCCUGGAUUAAAGAAUGGUCAAAGGCCAAACUAUGUUAGUGAAAUACCCAAUUUGCUGUAUGGAAUGAACUGUGAACGCCUAACACAACUGUUUAUGGACAGCGGAAUGGAUUUAAGAACAUUCUUACUUCUAGAAGAAAAGGAUAUGAUAAAUCUGGGCGUGGAGAUGCCGUAUGAGAGACAGAGGCUGCGGCAAGGCUUGAGGAACUUCCACAUGCGAGGAUGGAAACUUAAUGCAGUCGCUGGACUUUAUGCCAAGAAAUCUAAUGAAUAUAGUGUGGUAGAUUGUCUGACAACGUUGGGGACGCACUUGUAUCAGAUGUACAUCCUGGAGGCCACGCUACAGUACACUCUGCGGGAAUACAAUAGGAUUCAAAAUCAAAUCAAAUAUGAACCACCGGACUCGCCUCUGAUCUUUAGACUUAAAGCUGCUGCCAAAAAGUUUCAAAUUAAUAUAAAUAGUAUUAGAAAAGAGACUGCAAUUUUAAGAAAUUUACUCGCUAAGGUAAGUAAAUCGAAUCCUCAACCCGCGGAUCUGAUCAAGGAAAAGACUGCAAAAGACGUAGCUGUAAGUUACCUGAAGGAGGUGGUCGUCGUGUGCACUGCGGCCCUUCUCGUAUACAAUGCCAAAAACUUUGUUGUUAAUAUCUUAAGGAAAUAAAUGUUAUUGUUGUGAGUUUAUGUGUUUGUACAAGACACAAGAACUGGUAUGUA